AUGCAUUCUUCUUCCUCUUCGUCUACCUUGUCACCACGCACCGGCACGCGAGUUUCUUUAUUGAUCACCUCGUAUAAAACACAAUUUCCUCCGGUACCGUUACAUUUUAGUUAUUAUUAUUGUAAUAAUUAUAAUUAUUUUUUGUCAGGGAAGUUAGUAGGGGCCAGCAUCGGUGUCAGCAACCAUAGUUGUGCACAGUGUGCAUCAAUGGGUAGAAAUGUAACUGCGGUUACGUCAUCAGCCUCACCUGCUUUGGAUGUUGAAACUGAUGAGUUUGCGGAGGAUAACGGCUUCUUUGAUGAUUUUUCUGCGGAUGGGAGCAGCAAACUUUCGAAAAGAAAACGGAGCCGUCAGUCAUAUGAACAAAAUCAACAGGUACUGGAGGCAACGGUGGUGGAGGAUGAGGUGUCUCGGAAGGAACGGGUGGAAGGAGCCCGAAGAAAAAUAGCUGCAGCGGUGUUAGCGAGAGCAAGUCCACGUGAGGUGAAGCAGGCGGUGAUGAAGAUGAAAAAGAAGAAGAAGGAUAGGGAGUCAACAGAGGUGUUGCCCAAGGAAGGAAGACAUAAACACGUAGAGGGCAGGAAAAAAUCAAGGAGCAAAAAAUAA